CCCCACAAUAUAAAUACCCAAAAUCCCUCCUCUGUUUAACCCGUCAAAUCAUCUCUAAUAACUCAUCUUCUUCGAAACUCAAAAUUUCCCAAAGUUUUCUGAGAAAAUGUCAGGCCGAGGAAAGGGCGGUAAGGGUUUGGGCAAAGGGGGAGCCAAACGACAUCGCAAGGUCCUCAGAGAUAACAUCCAGGGCAUCACCAAGCCUGCGAUUCGUCGUCUGGCUCGCAGAGGUGGUGUGAAGCGUAUCAGUGGUCUGAUCUACGAGGAGACCAGAGGCGUCCUCAAGAUCUUUCUUGAGAAUGUGAUUCGUGAUGCAGUGACUUACACUGAGCACGCCAGGAGGAAGACUGUGACCGCCAUGGAUGUGGUGUAUGCUUUGAAGAGGCAGGGAAGGACCCUCUAUGGUUUUGGGGGUUAGAUUGGGAAUUUUUCAUGCUGUGUAUUGUGUAUAUUAGGUUUAGGGUAGUUUCAGAUCUUGGCUUUAGAUCUCUUGGCUUAUUAGGUAUUUUGCGGUUAAAAUUAGCGUUGAUGUAAUUUGUACCCUUAUUUUGAAGUAAUACAC